AUGUUUUCCUUACGUGCCUGUGUACUCACGGCUCUAUUUGCCUCUAGGACUUUGGCCGCUCCCACAUCCCCAGCCACAAGAGAUACGAAUGGGGAAGGACUCCUUGUCCAGACUUCCAGCGGCCCUAUACAAGGCUUCUUCAACCAAACAGCCCCCAAUGUUCGACAGUUUCUUGGUGUCCCUUUUGCAGAGCCGCCAGUGGAUGAUCUCCGCUUCAGUAGUCCCGUAAAGAAGCAGCCCAAUGGGACGGUCAAUGCGUUGGCACUUCCUCCAUCUUGUAUCCAGCAGACCAGCAAUAGCUCCUCAAUAUACACCACCUAUGAGACUGGCUUUCUCAUCAGCGGAGGAGACUCAGAGGACUGCCUUUACUUGUCGAUCUGGGCUCCUCGUGUUGAGAGCAUUCAAUCGCAACAGCGUCCACUCCCAGUGUUGCUCUACAUCCCUGGAGGAGGUUUCACCAGUGGAGGGGAAGCUUCACUGUACAAGAUCCCCGACAAAUGGGUACAGAGAACACAGUCCCACAUCGUGGUGGUCAUGAAUUAUCGGGUGAAUGUCUUUGGCUUUCCAAACGCCGCAGGGCUGACUGAGCAGAAUGUCGGCUUCCUGGACCAAAGAUUGGCCGUCGAAUGGGUGGAGGACAACAUUGCAAACUUUGGCGGUGAUCCCGCGCGUAUCACCCUCUGGGGCCAGUCCGCUGGAGCAGGCAGUGUCACAGCCUACUCUUACGGAUAUCCCGAGAACCCGAUUGUCGCUGCUCUCAUAGCUGACUCAGGUGCUCCGGGUAUCAUUGACAACGAAGACUAUGCCCAUACGAAUUUCACUUUCUUGGCCGGGCUGGUCGGCUGCAGUGGACUCGACUCUACUGAAGAAAUCAGCUGCGUGCGGAAUGUAUCUGCGCGAACACUGCAAACUGCUCUCUCAACUUACUCAGGUUCACCCUCCAUCUCAUUCAAGCCCGCUGUUGACAACAUAACCGCCUUCGCCAACUGGACGGAGCGUGCAAUCGAAGGCAAGGUCGCCAGAAUCCCCCUACUAACCGGCAGCAACGCCAACGAAGGCGCCGGCUUCGUCUCAUUCACCCCAAACGGACCCGGCGAAGCCACCCUUUUUAACCUCACCGAGUCCAUCAUCGCCUGUCCGGUCGCCGAAGAAGUCAAGAACCGCAAUCUCGGCGGCCUCACCACAUACCGAUACCAAUACGCCGGCAACUUCUCCAACAUCUCACCACUAUCCUGGUUCGGCGCCUACCAUAGCUCCGAACUCCCUCUUUUAUUCGGUACUCACUACGAGUACGGCGGUCCAUCGACCCAGUAUGAAUGGGACGUCAGCUAUGCUAUGGAAGCAUUGUGGCUUUCGUUCGCUGAGGACCCUUCGCGCGGCCCAGUCCGACUUGCCAUCGGAGAUGCUGCGCCGAACCCAAAUAAUAGUAGUUAUUUCUCCUGGCCGGCGUUUGAGCAAGGAUCGUCAAAUAUGUUGCUUUUCGCCGAGGGGGAUACACUCAUGCAGCUGGUUGGGUCGGAGAGGAUUGAUGAUUAUUGUACUGGUCUCUGA